CGGCUAUAAGAUAAGAAGUGCAGGCAGGUUGGAGAUGCUGCGAGUCGAGAUAAAGUGCUCAACAUGGGUAACUGGAUUAUCAAUAAUGGACUUUCAUCCUUCAUACUGGUGGUCUGGAUGGGCAUCAACAUCUUCCUUUUCGUCUUUUUUUACCUCCGAUACUACUGGGGGGAUUCUUUUUUCUACACGCGCCAUCUCUUGGGGCAUGCCUUACCCUGGGCCAGAGCUCCUGCCGCUGUGCUCAACUUCAACUGCAUGCUGAUCCUCCUACCGGUGUGCAGGAACCUGCUGUCUCUGCUCCGGGGCUCCUUUGUGUGUUGUGGCAGAACAAUGAGGAAACAACUAGACAAAAAUCUGACUUUCCACAAGCUGGUGGCGUACAUGAUAGCUCUGAUGACAGCUGUUCAUAUGAUCGCUCAUCUGUUGAAUGUGGAGUGGCUCAACAACAGCAGACAAGGAGUUUAUGAUGAACUCAGCACUGCUCUGUCCAACCUGGCGGACGCACACAACACCACCUACCUCAACCCAGUCCGCAUAACAGACCUUAAUCCGCAGCAGAUUCCAACCUACUUUGUCUUUACCACCAUCGCUGGCCUCACAGGUGUCGUGAUCACGCUGGCCCUCAUCCUCAUGAUCACCUCCUCCAUGGAGGUUAUCAGACGCAGCUACUUUGAAGUCUUCUGGUACACGCACCAUCUCUUCAUCAUCUUCUUUGUCGGACUUGUCUUUCACGGAGCUGGGCGCAUUGUGAGGAGUCAACAGACAACAGAUCCAGCACACAACACCGCUUUUUGCAAAGACCACAGCGAUGAAUGGGGACUGAUUCCUGAGUGUCCCAUCCCUCAGUUUGCAGGAGGGUUCCCACAGACCUGGAUGUAUGUGAUUGCUCCAAUGGUUCUGUAUAUUUGUGAACGUCUGCUACGUUUCGUUCGUUACAUGCAGACAGUCCAUUACAGGAAGAUUGUGAUGCGGCCGUCCAAGGUGCUGGAGCUGCAGCUGGUGAAGAAUGGCUUCAAAAUGGAGGUGGGUCAGUACGUCUUCCUCAACUGCCCGGCCAUCUCCCAGCUGGAGUGGCACCCGUUCACCAUGACCUCUGCCCCUGAGGAGGACUUUUUCAGCGUCCACAUCCGCUCGGCCGGGGACUGGACGGACAAGCUCAUCAGCAUCGUGCAGAAGCUACCAGAGGGAUCGCAGGGACCCAAAUUGGGCGUGGACGGACCCUUUGGCACAGCCAGUGAGGACGUGUUCGACUAUGAAGUCAGCAUGUUGGUCGGUGCCGGCAUUGGAGUUACUCCCUUUGCCUCUAUCCUCAAGUCCAUCUGGUACAAGUUCAAAGUCUCCAACCCUAAACUGCGCACCAGAAAGAUUUACUUCUACUGGCUCUGCAGGGAAACACACGCCUUUGAGUGGUUUGCUGACCUUCUGCAGGUGCUGGAGAAUGAGAUGGAGGAGAGAGGCAUGGGGAAUUUCCUCACCUACAAACUCUACCUGACUGGAUGGGAUCAAAGCCAUGCCACUCAUGCAAAGGUUCACUUUGACGAGGACACCGACGUGGUCACUGGGCUCAAACAGAAGACUCACUAUGGCAGACCCAUCUGGGACAAGGAGUUCGAACAAGUCCGCAAAGAGAACCCCACGUCUGUGGUGGGAACUUUCUUGUGUGGUCCUGCAGUUCUGGCAGAAGUCUUGGAAAAGAAAUGUGCUAAAUACUCCGACAUGGAUCCUCGGAAGACCAGAUUUUACUUCAACAAGGAGAACUUCUGAGCGAAAACUCAACAGGAAAACAGCAUUUGGGCUUUUUGAAGGAUAACAGUUGGUAGGCGGGAGGGGUGAUUUUUUUUCACUGUGAAGGAAUAUUCGUAAAACAAUUGGUGAUGAAAAAGCUGUCUGACAAUCUGGCCCACUAGACAGGUGAGUUCUGGUACACUAGACCAGCACACUGAUAAAGAGGCAUGUUAUUUUAUCAGCACUCCUCAGGGACUGACUUUCUUAACACAAUGUUUAUAUAGCCAUGCGUCAUAACUUUUAAGCUGCAUUUCUGGUGAAGCUCUUGUAGCUCCUGAACUAGAUUGUUAGAUACAACCAACAGUCCAACACCCCCAAAAGAUUCCGUUUACCCUCACGCAAGACAAAGAAAAGCAGCCAAGUGUAACAUUUAAGAAGCUGGAGCCAGCAAAUUUGUGGUAUUUUUCUUGAAAAAUUACUAUUAAAUCAGGUAACACAUUGUUUUUUUCUGCCAGUCAACUAGCUGUUUCAGUUCAGCAUAUUCUUAUCUUUCUUUAGCAUAUUUUUUUCCCCACUUGCUCAUGAUCAAAUACACUGUAAAUAAUAAUAAUAAAUGUUGCAUUAUUUAAUACAUGUGAUUGAUGUGAUAAAUGUGUGGUAAACAAAAAUUUGUCAUAUAUUUUCCUAGGUUUUACUGAUUAAGGAAACAAAUUCCUCAGAAUCAGUGGAUCUGUAUUAUAACCAAUCAAAUUCACUGGCAUUUCCUUAUCAGAAUAAGAUGAUGGUUAACUAGGAGGGAGACUUGCAGUCACGUAGCCCGUGAAUCACGUAGCCCGUGAUUCCUCUACAGACGUGGAAGGAUUUAUAGUUAUUGAAGGGAUUUGUAUUAUUUCACAAUUAUUCACCUUUAUUAUAUUUCCAAACUGCUUUUGAAUAAAGAAAUAAAGGCAAUCAA